UGUGCCAAAAAGUUGUGCUUAAACAACAACAACAACAUCAACAACAACAAUAAUAAUAACAAACAACCAGCAGCAAGGAACUAAACUGUGCGCCAGCAUCGUCUGCAGCAGCAGGCGGCAACACGUUCAAAAACGCGCACAGAAUGUUCAAAAUGUUUAGAAAACAUUUUCGCCGAAAAUCAACAACGACAACGACAACAACAACAACAACUGCGACAACAACAACAACGAGGGAAUCAACAAUGUCUGCAGCGAGGCAAAGGCAACGGCAACGGCUGCGUUCGCUGAUCGACGAUUGCCGAUCAUUAAAGUCUGCCUGCAACUUAAUUGCUUUAAUUUUAAUAUUGUUAGUCCAUAAGAUAUCCGCAGCUGGUAACUUCGAGCUGGAAAUAUUAGAAAUCUCAAAUACGAAUAGCCAUCUACUAAGCGGCUACUGCUGCGGUAUGCCCACCGAGCUGCGAGCCACCAAGACAACGGGCUGCUCGCCCUGCACAACGGCAUUUCGCUUGUGCUUAAAGGAGUAUCAGACAACGGAACAGGGUGUCAGCAUAUCGACGGGUUGUUCGUUUGGCAACUCCACCACGAAGAUACUUGGCGGCUCCAGCUUUGUGCUCAGUGAUCCGGGCGUGGGUGCCAUUGUGUUGCCCUUCACAUUUCGUUGGACGAAGUCGUUUACGCUGAUACUCCAGGCGUUGGACAUGUACAACACAUCCUAUCCAGAUGCGGAAAGGUUAAUUGAAGAAACAUCAUACUCGGGCGUGAUACUGCCGUCGCCAGAGUGGAAAACUUUGGACCAUAUUGGCCGCAACGCGCGCAUCACCUACCGCGUCCGGGUGCAAUGCGCCGUUACCUACUACAACACGACCUGCACGACCUUCUGCCGUCCGCGCGACGAUCAGUUUGGACACUAUGCCUGUGGCUCGGAGGGUCAGAAGCUCUGCCUCAACGGCUGGCAGGGCGUCAACUGUGAGAAGGCCAUUUGCAAGCCCGGCUGUGAUCCCAUACACGGCAAAUGUGAUCGACCCGGUGAAUGCGAAUGUCGACCCGGCUGGCGUGGUCCAUUGUGCAACGAGUGCAUGGUCUAUCCGGGCUGCAAGCAUGGCUCCUGCAAUGGCAGCGCCUGGAAAUGCGUCUGCGAUACGAAUUGGGGUGGCAUAUUGUGCGAUCAAGAUUUAAAUUACUGUGGCACCCAUGAACCCUGCAAGCAUGGCGGCACCUGCGAGAACACAGCACCGGAUCAGUAUCGCUGCACAUGCGCCGAGGGGCUGUCGGGCGAGCAGUGCGAAAUUGUGGAGCAUCCAUGCGCCACACAGCCCUGUCGCAAUGGCGGCACUUGCACACUCAAGCUAACGAAUGCAACCAGGCAGCCGCCAACAUAUCGCGCUAUGCGUGGCAUGAGCUCCUCCAUGGGCAAGCCGAUAAGUCGUCGCAAUUCAAUACGCAGCCUGGCGGGCCUCUUCCCGGAGGCGCAGAAUGCCAGCAGCACUGGCAGCAGCAGCGGCAGCGGCAGCAUCUCCAGCAGCAGCAGCAGCAGCAAUGGCAAUGGCUCACAGCAGCAGCAACAGUUGCCGCCUCUGGCCGCAGAGUUUACUUGCGGCUGUGUGGCCGGCUGGACGGGACCGACAUGUGAAAUAAAUAUCGACGAGUGUGCUGGAGGUCCCUGCGAGCAUGGUGGCACUUGUGUCGAUCUAAUCGGCGGCUUUCGCUGCGAAUGUCCGCCCGAGUGGCGCGGCGAUGUCUGUCAGAUGGAUGUGAAUGAAUGCGAGGCAUCCUAUGCAGCUGCCUUGCCGGCCAACACGCUGCUGACCACCACGGCUAGCGCCAUUAUUGGCAGCAAUCUGAGUAGCUCGGCCGCCCUGCUGGCGGCAUUGACCAGCGCCGUGGCUGCUUCGAACUCGGUGGCCACGCACGGACCCUGCAUCAAUGCGCGUGAAUGCCUCAAUCUGCCCGGCUCGUUCUCGUGCCUGUGCCUCGAGGGUUGGGGCGGUGCCACCUGUGCCGAGAAUCUGGACGACUGCGUGGGACAGUGCAAGAAUGGCGCCAGUUGCAUUGAUCUGGUCAAUGACUACCGUUGCGCCUGCGCCGCCGGCUACACGGGACGCGACUGCGAAACGGACAUCGACGAGUGCGCCAACUCGCCCUGUCGCAACGGUGGCGAGUGUGUGGACAUGAUUGGCAAAUUCAAUUGCAUUUGCCCGCUGGGCUAUUCGGGCACACUGUGCGAGGAGGCCAAGGAUCACUGCACGCCCUCGCCAUGCCUGCAAGGGCGCUGCCUGAACACGCCCGGCAGCUACUACUGUCACUGUCCGCCCGAUCGUGCGGGCAAACACUGCGAGCAGCUGCGUCCGCUCUGCUCGCAGCCGCCGUGCAAUGAGGGCUGUUUUGCCAAUGUCAGCGCUGUGACGACAACGACAACGACAACCAAGACGACGACGACAACGCCUGGCGGCCAGCCCUGCAGCGGGCAUGGCAGCUGCGAGAUGAGCGACGUGGGCACCUUCUGCAAAUGCCAUGUGGGCCACACCGGCACCUUCUGUGAGCACAAUCUCAACGAAUGCUCGCCGAAUCCUUGUCGAAACGGUGGAAUUUGCCUUGACGGUGACGGCGACUUUACAUGCGAGUGCAUGUCGGGCUGGACAGGCAAACGCUGCUCGGAACGCGCGACCGUUUGCUAUGCAGGCCAGUGCCAAAAUGGCGGCACCUGCAUGCCCGGCGCUCCGGACAAGGCGCUGCAGCCGCACUGCCGCUGUGCGCCCGGCUGGACGGGCCUGUUCUGCGCAGAGGCCAUCGACCAGUGCCGCGGCCAGCCCUGCCAUAAUGGCGGCACUUGCGAGUCAGGCGCUGGCUGGUUUCGCUGCGUGUGCGCCCAGGGCUUCUCGGGACCCGACUGCCGCAUCAACGUGAACGAGUGCUCGCCGCAGCCUUGCCAGGGCGGCGCCACCUGCAUCGAUGGCAUUGGCGGCUACACGUGCAUCUGCCCGCCAGGUCGCCACGGACUGCGAUGCGAGAUAUUGCUCUCGGAUCCCAAGUCGGCGUGCUUAAAUGCCAGCAAUACCAUCUCUCCAUAUGCGGCGCUUAAUCAGAGCCAAAACUGGCUGGACGUUGCCUUGAGUGGACGCAGCGAGGAGGAUGAGCACUGCAAUGCCUGUGUCUGCGAGAACGGCACCUCACGCUGCACGAAUCUCUGGUGCGGAUUGCCCAACUGCUUCAAGCUGGAUCCGCUGUCCAAGUCCUCCAAUCUGUCCGGCGUCUGCAAGCAACAUGAGGUGUGUGUGCCAGCCCUGGGCGAAACCUGUCUGUCGCCACCGUGCACCGUGCGCGGCGAUUGUCGCGCCUUGGAGCCAUCGCGACGCGUGGCACCGCCACGUCUGCCAGCCAAGGCCAGCUGCUGGCCCAACCAAGCGCUGGUCAACGAGAAUUGCGCACGACUCACCAUAUUGCUGGACUUGGAGCGUGUGGGCAAAGGCGCCACCAUAGAAGGUUUGUGCUCUCUAGUGCGCGUGCUGCUGGCGGCGCGGUUGAUCAAGCAGCCGCUGACAACUCCAUCUGGCCUCACGCAAGAGGAGGGCAUGCUGAUGGUGCUGUGUGAUCUGAAGACUGGCACCAAUGACACCAUCGAGCUGACAGUGUCAUCCAGCAAGCUCAAUGAUCAACAGCUGCCCGUGGCGGUGUCCUUGCUGGGCGAGCUGCUCAGCUCGCGUCAACUGAACGGCAUACAGCGACGCAACGAGCUGCAACUGCAGCAUGCCAAGCUGGCAGCACUCACGUCCAUACUGGAGGUCAAGCUGGAGACGGCACGCGUGGCUGAUGGCAACAGCCACAGCCUGCUCAUUGGCGUGCUCUGCGGCAUCUUCAUUGUGCUGGUGGGCUUCUCCAUAUUCAUAACUUUGUAUUGGAAGCAGCGUCUGGCCUAUCGCAGCAGUUCGGGCAUGAAUCUGACGCCGCCUCUGGAUGCACUGCGUCACGAGGAGGAGAAAUCCAAUAAUUUGCAGAACGAGGAGAACUUGCGACGCUACACGAAUCCUCUUAAGGGCAGCACCAGCUCGCUGCGCGCUGGCACCGGCAUGGAGCUCAGUCUGAACCCGGCGCCCGAGCUGGCGGCCACGGCGGCUAGCAGCUCGGCGCUGCAUCGAUCGCAGCCGCUGUUUCCGCCCUGCGACUUCGAGCGAGAGCUGGACGUGAGCACGGGGCUGAAGCAGGCGCACAAGCGCAGCUCACAAAUCUUGCUGCACAAGACGCAGAACUCGGAUAUGAAAAAGAACACGGUCGGCUCGCUGGAGAGUCCGCGCAAGGACUUUGGCAAGCGCUCGAUCAACUGCAAAUCACUGCCACCGCCGGCCAGCGAAGAAAGCGGCGAUGUGCUAGCCACUGUGGUGGUUUAGCUCCUUAGCGAUCUCAGCCACCAACCACAUGGCCUCUCCAACCCGAGGCCCAUUUCCGCUUAAAGUUCCUGGCAUUUAGCAUGGCAUUUUCCGCUUGAUGUGCAGCCAGCCAUUGCCACAGCACGGGCGCGAUUUCCAAGUGCAUUAGUAGUAUAAUUAGCCUAAGGUUAAUUAGUUAGUUAGUUAGUUGGUUAGCUAGUUAGUUAGUUAGUUAGCUUAGUUAAGCUAGUUAGUUUGGCUGCGUAGUUAGCAUUUUGUGUUGCAUUCUUUGUUAGUGUAAUUUCAAAUUCUUCUCUUCAACGCUAAGCAACAUCCUACACAGUGUGAUAUUUAGUAUAACCCAGACGCGCAUAUACUCGUAUAUAGUGUAAACAUUCUCUGUUGGCCAAGCACAGCCUGUACAUAGCCUAGCUCUAAGGGCCCCAGCGUGGCAGUCGAAUCAAGCAGCAUCUAUGCAUAUAUAGCUCUUAAGUUGUACAUAAUUGUAAAGUUGUAGUAGUUACCGUUAUUGUAUUUUGUCUAAUGAGAAAUAUAUAUACCCUAAGCUGCAGCAACUUCAACUUAGACUUAACAACAAACAAUCAACAUCAAAUUGUUAAUACCUUUCGCAUCCAGUGAUGUGUGUGCAUAUGCUUAAGUAAAGUUUUAACAAAUUCAUUCGCAUACUGUAUGUAUUAUAUAUAGUAAUAUUUAUUUAUUAUUCUAAUGUAGCGCCAGUGCACUCUGUAAGCAGUUAC